AUGGGUACUUCUGUAGAACCCAGUGACUUCAGGGAGUCUGAAAACGUUACAGAGGCUCAGGGGCCAACUCCGGUUGUGAGUUCGAUGUUCGCUACACUGACGAUUUCAGCACAAUUAACAGAACAGAAGCCGGAGUUGGAGGAUAUUACGACCAGCACGAUUUGCAUGCAAAUUGGGCUAGUGGGUAACCUCUCCACAAGCUCAUUCGAGAUUUCGCAUGACAUAGGACCUUUGGUGGAGUCUACUGGUGUCACAAGCCCUGAAAGUACUGAAGAGGCAGCGAUCCUCUAUUCCGUGCCAGGCACACCGACCAUGCCGAUGCACUCGACAGAAAACAGCGUGAGUUUGCAGUCAGAUGGCGCUACUCCCAGCAUUGUAGACGAGCGAACCGAGACAACAGGCAUCGUCUCUGCUGGUCCGGUGAAAUUUUCCGACGCCACUGGAUCUACGGUAGAAUCCAUUUAUACGCUAAUAUGGGUGGACGCUAACGAGACUAUAUCACCCCCCCAUUGGCGCCACCGAGAGACUAGUGACCGGGACCCGAGCAUCCAGUAG